CCCUGCAUCACCAAGCUUUUCCCUGGUAUCACCGUGACUGACCAACGGUGGCACAGAGACCAUUGCUGCAUCUUGCCCGCUGUAUUUUGCUGACCAACAAGAUUUUCUGAAAUGCUUCAACUGAAGCAUCCUAUUAACCAAUACUCAGGGCACAUUCUGCUCUGUCUUUGAUCAAUUUUUUAGCUACAAAUUUUUCUCUCAAGUGAGAAAGAAUGGCGUCUAAUGGAGGAGUAUCCCUGGUUCUUUUUCUGUUGCUUACCUGCUUCUUCAGGGAGAGUGUCUGCAUUUGUGAUGGAACAAUCUGGACAAAGGUUGGAUGGGAGAUUUUUCCAGAAGAAGUGCACUAUCUGAAAGUUAAGCCUUCUGCCUCUCACUGUCUACCCUACCCCCUGGACAGACUGUGCUGCAGCUUCGCUAACAUGGAUCUACUUCAGAGUUGUUUGCACCUCACUUAUAUCAUAGCACAAGCUCUCAUUGUAAUCCUGUCCGUCUUAUCUGGGCAUUAUCUGUGGAUAAAAUGGAAGAAACACCAAAAAAAGCUGAAAAAGCAAGCCUCCUUAGAUAAAUCUGGCAAAGCUCUAGAAAGCCCAUCCAUCUAUGACAUUGACCAAAUACUCUGCAGACUGCUGGCCACCACGUCAAUGAUGACCAAGUACCUGAAGCAGGUGUCCCACCAUUCUUCCUCUAAGAAAGAUAAGGAAACUAAAGUCCAGAGAAGUCAAGAGACUUGUCAGAGGGACACAACCCGUAAACGAUGGAUACAAGGCACUGACACAGGCAGCCUGAGGCCUGAGCUCUGACACAGCGUCUGAAGAAGAUAACUUCCCCAGUAAUUGUCUAUUUGGAAGAACUGAAUCUCCUAAGUUAAGGAAUUUUAUAGAAUUCAAAGUACUCUAGCACUACUGAUAACAGCGUCACACAAAUUGCCACAACUGUGUGUGCUUUGGUUUAGAAAUAAAUAAUUUGUAUUAAAGCUAAAAUUAUGACUUAC